GCCAAGCCAUCAAUAUUUGCCCAACAAAGGAGAUUACAACAUCCAGUGGACAGAUUAGGUCGCCUAAUUAUCCAAGGAAAUACUGUUCAAACACUGAUUGUACCCUCACGAUCAAACAACCCUUGGACACAAACUUUACUUUCACUUUCACCAAGCUCGAUAUUGAGGGCGAUAUUGAAGACGGUAGGUAACGUAAUUUAUGUUACACUUUAUGGCAUGUCCAUAUCUGCGCAGCUAAUUGGGAAAUUCCCACGAAUGAGAUUUGCAUGUAAUUGUUAAUGCUGAUAAAAUCAUUGGGCAUAUAUUACCCAAGGACAAAUUGAUUAAUUUUGAUUAAAUUUGAAUGAAGAUUGGAUGAGAAAUUAGCAAAUGUUUGCCAGGCCUAGUAAACUAUGCACUGUACAUAACCUGACGGAGUUAUGCAGUGUCUGAGUGCACUCUAGUUUACAUAUUAUUAUUAAUUAAUUAAUAAAUACAAUAUCCAUUCACUUACUUUACAGAAUUCAAUUGUCAUGAUUACCUCAUUAUAUCUGGAGGUUCAUCAAAAAAAUUCUGUGGGACCACCACUCCGGCACCAUUUGUACCUGGCCUGAAUGUCGUCACACUGAAAAUGGUAACAGAUCGUAGUAUUGAACAAAUCGGUUUUGAUCUUAGCUUCACCACCGUCCAGAGUAAGCAAUAUUUUCG